AUGGAAAGACGCCGUAGCCAAGCCUCUAAUAGGCCGGCCUCAAGAGCCUCCACCAACUCUUCCCACACCGCACGAGCCUCCUCAAGUUCUCCGUCCAGUCGGAGUUCCGUCAUCAUCACCACCCCGGAGUUCUUCGUCUGCGUCCAAGAAUACCUUAAGCCUCUCAUGGCUAUCUCGGCGCUUGGGUGCCCGAUCACCUUUGCCUUGAUUGUCUCGCCUAUCGCCGACCCCGCACACCUCAGCCACAACGGCUUCAAGUUUUCGUUGGAAACAGUUCGACUAUUGAUAUCAGUCAGCUGGUUGUUCUUCACGCUCACACUGGGCCUGAGUAUAUUUACCUACAAUCAGUCGUUCUACAAUCAGCUGAAGGUUGGUGGACCUCCUCCGCCCUCGAGCUUCUAUUACCGGUGGGCGGAUAUGGUGAUGAACACGCUAGAUGUGCUGUGUAUGGGGGCCUUUUUGAUGAUUGCGUUGGCGGCUGCAUCGUAUGUGCCGGUUGUUGGGUGGUUGGCUGUGGGAGUCGUUGGAUGUUAUGCCGGGGCAGUAACGAUCUACUCCAUCGUGAUGAGGUUUGAGCCAGACGGGGAAGAUGGGGACGAAGAAUCGGCUCGAGCCUACCCCAUCGCCUCCCUCGGUCACGCAGCCUGGAUCCUCCGCCACUAUGGCUACCACGCGACCUUCAUCUGGGGGCUCUUUCUCUAUGGCCUCGGCGCCCUCCUUUGGAUCCCCACUAGAAUCGACCACUCCUUCGCCGGCUUCUGCAUCUUCAUCUUCAUCAUCGGCAACGGCCUCGGCUCCCUAGAGACUGCCGCAGACCCUUACAUAACCGGUUCAUUCGUCUUUUUCGGCUUGGACAACGAGGAGAAAGCUCUUCAGAAUGUCCACUGGGUGUAUAUGUCCAUCGCCAUCUUUGUCUUCACCUUGCGGAUAUCCGAGAUGACUGACGCGGACAUGGCGCUGCAGGAGGAGGAGGCUGCGAAGAAGGGCAGGGUGUUGGGGACGGAGGCGUAUCAAGUUUAUGUUGAGGAGCAACCACAUGCUAUUGGGCAAGUAGCAAAGGAGUUGCCCUUCAGAAAGCAGUACAGGCUUUUUCAUGCGGCGUUUGCCGAGUUUUGUUAUACUGGGGCGCAGGUUGCUGUUGCGAGGAUCAUGACUUGUGUGAAGGCGAGGAAAGUCUUUUUGGGGUUGGGGAGGCAUAUCAAACGAGGGGCGGGGAUCAUUACUGGGGUUUUUGGGGGUGCGGUGGUGCCGCCUUUGUUGGCUGCUGUGGCGGAUAGUGACGGGGGAUGA